AUGAUGCUGGCGGGCUUGAUCCUUUUCGUUCUCUGGUACGCCAUGCUCAGGCUCUCCGCUUCGCAGCGACGGCUGCCGAAGGAGGAGCCCCUCCGAAGACGAGCCUUCAAGGCAACUAAACGGGCACCACCCACGUCACUGGAGCGUCAGCAAGUGAAGGCUGGUGAGCUGCCUGUGGCGCGCACGGCGGGUGCGAGGCCGGAAGUGCUGGCGCGCGUGCCAGAGGCGCUGGCGCCGAGGAGUGCGGCGGGCAAGCCCACUGCGGCCAGCAGGUCCGUGGAGCAGCCUCACCGGCCGUGGUGGCGGUGCGCGUGCCGGCGCCGGCCCGAGCGCUGA